GAAGAAAUCUGCUGCGGUUUUUCCUUCUAUGUGCUCAGAAUCAUCUCAAACAUCUGGAUCUUCUGAAAUACAAAAAAUUGCUGCGCGCCCCCUAGCCCAUCGGGAGCGCGCAGGAGUCAUUAAACACAAUCAGGAGGCGCGUCCCGGAGCCUCCAUGUGACCGGCGGGGAUCCUCCGGUGACACGCCCCCAACCGGAGAGAGAGAGAGACAGAGAGAGAGAGAGAGAGAGAGAGAGAGAGAGAGAGAGGAGCUUCCGUCUCUCAGCACCGGAGACCAGAACCGCGUCUCCUGCCGCCGAGUCCCGUCUGUCCGGUUCGGCUCCGCUCGGCUUGGCUCGGCUCAGAGCGCAUCCACCAUCCUGCUGCUGCGGUUCCUCUCCGCGUCUCUCUUCUGCGCUGCGGCUGCUCGGUGCGGGCACCGGGAGGAGGAUGCCUGCGGCGGACCGGACGGAGCUCCGAGUCCCGGUGCGGAGCGGCGGAUCGCGCUGACUUGUUGCUGAGAGAAGCUGGAUUUACUGAGAUUACCGGAGAGGAGCGGAGCUGCCGGAGAGUUUCUGUUUGUUUUCCUGUUUCCAAACUGACCGGGAGGACCACCGGGAGGGUUUCUGCGGCGACUCUCUGCGGCUUUUACGCGUCACUUUCGUGCGUAAAAUCCGCUUCCUGCAUUCAGCGGCUCUUCUUCCAUCUGUUGCCUGCCGAGGCUCUUCUUCCCUGGAUGUCCUCCAGCGGCUCCGCGGCUCCGUGAUCCUCCGGUACCGAGCCUCAGCAUGGCGGCGGGAGUGGCGGCGUGGCUGCCGUUCGCCCGGGCGGCGGCCAUCGGCUGGAUGCCGGUCGCCACCGCGCCGAUGCCGGUUCCCCCGCAGGAGAAGCGACGCGGGAAGGACGGACUGAUCGUGCUGAACGUGAGCGGCACAAAGUUCCAGACGUGGCGGGACACGCUGGAGCGCUACCCGGACACUCUGCUGGGCAGCACCGAGCGGGACUUCUUCUUCCACGAGGACAGCAACGAGUACUUCUUCGACCGCGACCCGGACAUCUUUCGCCACAUCCUCAACUUCUACCGCACCGGGAAGCUGCACUACCCGCGGCAGGAGUGCAUCUCCGCCUACGACGAGGAGCUGUCGUUCUUCGGCAUCAUCCCGGAGAUCAUCGGGGACUGCUGCUACGAGGAGUACAAGGACCGGCGGCGGGAGAACCAGGAGCGGAUCCAGGACGACGAGGAGGCGGACCCGGGCAGCGAGCUGGUGUCACCGGACCUGAGCUUCCGGGAGUCCAUGUGGCGCGCCUUCGAGAACCCACACACCUCCACCAUGGCGCUGGUCUUCUACUACGUCACCGGCUUCUUCAUCGCCGUGUCCGUGCUCGCCAACGUGGCCGAGACGGUGCCGUGCGGGGCCGCGCCGAACCGGGCCAAGGAGAUGUCGUGCGGGGAGCGUUACGCGCUGGCCUUCUUCUGCCUGGACACCGCAUGCGUCAUGAUCUUCACGGUGGAGUACCUACUGCGCCUGCUCGCCGCGCCGAGCCGCUACCGGUUCGUGAAGAGCGUGAUGAGCAUCAUCGACGUGGUGGCCAUCAUGCCCUACUACAUCGGCCUCGUCAUGACCGACAACGAGGACGUCAGCGGCGCCUUCGUCACGCUGCGCGUCUUCCGCGUCUUUCGGAUUUUCAAGUUCUCGCGGCACUCUGCGGGACUUCGCAUCCUGGGCUACACGCUGAAGAGCUGCGCUUCGGAGCUGGGCUUCCUGCUCUUCUCCCUCACCAUGGCCAUCAUCAUCUUCGCCACCGUCAUGUUCUACGCAGAGAAGGGCUCCAGCGCCAGCAAGUUCACCAGCAUCCCUGCCGCCUUCUGGUACACCAUCGUCACCAUGACGACCCUGGGGUACGGCGACAUGGUUCCAAAGACUAUCAUGGGGAAGAUCUUCGGUUCCAUCUGUUCUCUGAGUGGGGUUCUGGUCAUCGCCCUGCCGGUUCCCGUCAUCGUCUCCAACUUCAGCCGAAUCUACCACCAGAGCCAGAGGGCCGAGAAGAGGCGAGCCCAAAAGAAAACCCGGCUCGCUAGAAUUCGCGCGGUGAAGAGCGGAGGAGCUAACGCUUAUUUGCAGUACAAACGCAGCCGGCUGCUGAUUGGCCCAGACCAGGAGGCGUCCAAAGAAGCCGGACAGGCGCUGGUGUGUAAAACCAACCCCAACUUUGAGGUUCAUCAUCAUCACCUGCUGCACUGUCUGGAGAAAACCACGAACCACGAGUUUCUGGAUGAGAAGACGUUCGAGACGAACCUCAGGGAGGUGACUCUGGUGAAGCAGGUGUCUCGAUCUUCAUCCAUCUCCUCGGCCUCAUCGCCUCACGGCUUCACCUCCUGCUGCUCCCGCCGGAAGAGGAAGACCUUCAACGUACCCAACUCCAACAUGUCGGUGGGUCUCCAGGACAGCAUCCAAGAGCUGAGCACCAUCCAGAUUAGGGAGCGACCGCUCACCAACAGUCGUUCCAGCCGAUCCAGCCUGAAUGCCAAAUUUGAGGAGACGGUUCCUCUGAACUGCGAGCAGCCCUACAUCACCGCCGCCGUCAUCAGCAUGCCCACGCCACCCGGCACCACGCCCGAAGGCGACGACUCCGCCAGCUCCACCGACUACUCCCAGGCCAACAUCGUCCGAGUGUCAGCGCUCUAGAAGCUCCCAACCCUUCCCGACCCGCCACCGGCCCGGCUGGUCAGCAUCGCAGACGACGGUUUGGUAGCGGCGUCACGAUGGAGGUUAGCUUAAAUUACUCUGGUGGAGGGUCGGUCCUCUGGUGCAUUCUAGAUUCACCUGGAUUGAAUUAUUUUCUGCGUUUUCUUCUGGGAAGCAUUUUUACUUGAAGGAGGAAGGAAAGGAUGAAACUUUAACUCGUCGCUGUUUUUUCAGUCCUUUGAAUCUGAUGUCCUGAAACACAAAGAGAGCUCUACUUCCUCUGGGUCCAGGUUUAAAGGAUCGUCUUAAGACUUGUUUAUCACAAAGACGGAAGCAGGAGGAAACUCUAGGUCGGUCCGAUGUCGUAUCUCCUUGGCUAAUACAUUACCUGGGGCUAGCUGUAUGGAACCAUUGUUUAAAUGGAUUUCUGUCUUUAUCGAGCUUAAACCUUCAAGAUGCAUCAUUUCACAAAACACCAAACAGGACGGAAAUGUUGGAAAGUCUUUAGCGACUUUUUAUCUUUUUCUUCAGGCUAACAGUCUUCCAGCGGCUCCUUAAACAACUUUCUAUUUCUGUUUGUGUGAAACAAACCAGAUGUGAAGUCAGUCAGGAGAGUUUGGGAGUCGUUAGAUUUUGGGUUGAACUCGUCUUUUCCCACCUGCUUGUCGUCUUUGUGCUAAGCUAAUGUGCUAAUGAAGAUAAUAAGUCAUCGCGCUUUGUAUCGCAGUCCUGGAAAACCAGAACAUGUUGAAGGUGGAUCCUGAUUGACGAAUCAUAUCAAGUCUUCAUAUCGAGGUGGAACCAGGCAGCAGCUGUUGGUUUUUUUUUUAUCCCUUCAGGAAGUUUCCAGUCUUCUGAAUAAAUGAAGUGAGUUUUGUGAGAUUCUAUGCAAGAGCUGCACCAACUACUGAAAUGAAAAUGUUUGCUGGAGUAAAAACAAUAUUUACAUUCAGUCUUAUUAAAACUGCAGACACCAAAGUCAAGAUCUCCCUGUUCAGUGGGAGAUAUUUUUAAUUUUAGUUUAGUUUUUCAUAGCAGAUAACAUCAUAAGCAAUUAGAUUAAUAUAUAAAUAGCAGCAGAAACAUCGGUUUGCACAUUUAAAUUAGAUUGGUGGUGAACUUAUGGUGGAUUUCUGGCUAACUUAUAGCAAAGUUGUUUUUAAAUUCCAUUUUUUGUUGCAGGUUUGCUAAAAUGUCCACUGAUUUCAUAUUUGAGACACUAAUAUGGAUAUUUUUCUUGAUUUUACACUAAUUUAAAAACAAAUUCUGUCUUCAUGACUGUAGUUUUAUAAAGCAUUUCCAUCUUUACUUACUUUAUUAAUGAUAUAUCAACUGAAAGGUUUGGAAGCAGAGUGGUCUGACUCAUUUUCUGUAGUUUUUGAGAAAAAUGGGUUCAAAGUUUACUGUUUUCCAGAAUGGUCUAACAUUCCACUGCGAUGCUAUAUUUGGGUUGUGGGUUAGACCACUCUGACACUAAAAUCUAGCCCAUAACAUAUUACAGAAAUCAUAUAAAACUCAGACGUUUUGUGGGUUAGACCACUCUGUUUCUACCCCCUUAAAUACCUCAGAACAUUCUGUCAUUUCAUUGUUUCUGCAGACUUUAAACACCCAUAAAGUAUAAUAACGAGGCGCAGCAGACCAUUCUACACAGUGUCACUGUUGUGUAGAAUGGUCUGACGGUGUUAGUUUCCCAAACUCUCCAUUUUUGCACAUGUAUUCAUACGAACUGGAGUUUCUAAAAGUGAUUUGUGUUGAUUGGACGCCCAAACGUAAACAUUCAAUCUGCAAAAUAUCCAUAACAACGUGAACAAGUCCUCGACGUCUUUGUCUUUCUGUCCAUCAGCUACUUUAUCCACCAAGAAAAUUAGUCUUGAGAUCCUACAAAACUCACUUACUUGGCAGAAGUCGCUGUAAGUUUGCCAGAAAUCUAAUUUGCAAAUGAAAACAUGAUCUUACUGGAAAUGUUCAGGACGUUGCCAAAAGAUAAAACUGAAGGGUUUGGAGGCAGAGUGGUCUCACCCACUUUCUGUAGUUUGUGAGAAAAAUGGGUUCGAAGUUUUAAGUUUAGAAGAAAUCCAACAUUCUCAGCACUACUGCAACACUAUAUUUGAAGGGUAGACCACUCUGCCAUUAAAAUCUAGACCAUAAAAUGUUACAGAAAUGAUAUAAAACUCAGAUUUUUGGUGGGUUAGACCACUCUGCUUCUAACCCCCUCAACUGGCAUCUUUACAACCAGAGGGUUAUAGAAAGUUAAACAUGUUUGCAGACGAUGGUCAACACUUGCAAACUAAUGACUUUGCUACAGAUUUAAGUUUAAUCCGUUCAUUUUAAUAAUAAAGAGAUCAUUUUUUAUGCUUGACGGCAGCUGAAGGCCUUUAAAGAAAAUUCCGGAUUACUUUUCGUAUUAUAUUUUUAUUUUUUAUUUUGUUAAGUUUCAUUUUGUUUGUGUGUGUGCUUAUUUUUUUACUUGUUUAUAUGCAGAUGAUGGUAUUUUAUAUAUUUUUAUUGUUUCAGCUGCAGUAAGAGAGUCUUGUUGAGGUGCGAUGUGGUUUUCCAGGACUGUGAUCUGAUGCUUCUGGAUGAGCUUUACUGUAUUUAAUCAAUUUCAGAGCACAAGAUUUGUGUUUGCGGCUGGAGACGAGGAACCCAUUGAGCAUGCUCAGUAUCUGUGUGUUUGAGUGCAUGGACCCGUGUGUUUCUGCAUGAUCGUCUGGUUGGAGUCGAUCCGAGCGCUUCUGGUUCUGGUCCCGACUCUGUAAAUAUAGUUUUUUACCUGAGCUGACAGCUUUCUCUCCGCUGUACAGAAACACACUGGAAUCGUGACAAACGUUGUUCAAAAUGAAUCUUCGUUGUUGCACCGGA